AUGCUGGCAUCCAAACAAUAUGAGGUGAUUGUUGUUGGUGGUGGCCACGCCGGCACCGAAGCCGCGAUGGCAGCGGCGCGAGCGGGGGCCCAAACGCUGCUGCUCACUCACAACAUUGAGACCAUCGGCCAGAUGAGCUGUAACCCCGCAAUUGGCGGAAUCGGCAAAGGCCACCUGGCGCGGGAAAUUGAUGCGCUUGGCGGCGUUAUGGCGCGAGCCACUGACCGGGCCGGCAUCCAGUGGCGGACCCUGAACGGUUCCAAAGGACCCGCGGUGCGCGCUAUGCGGGCCCAAUGUGAUCGGUCGCUAUAUCGGGAAGCCGUGCGAUCCCUGGUUGAAUACCAGCCCAAUCUCGAUGUUUUUCAGCAGGCCGUGGACGACCUGACCCUGACCGGUGAUCGCGUCACCGGUGUGCGAACUCAAAUGGGUUUGAAGUUUCAGUCGCAAACGGUGGUGCUGACGGUAGGCACGUUUCUUGGCGGUAAAAUUCAUGUUGGCGAUGCCAAUUACUCCGGUGGGCGCGCCGGCGAUCCACCCGCCAAUACGCUGGCCGCAAGAUUACGCGAGCUGCCCUUCCAGGUUGACCGACUCAAAACCGGAACGCCGCCCCGCAUUGAUGGGCGCAGCGUCAAUUUCGACAGCAUGGAACGUCAGCCCGGAGACAGGCCGUUGCCCGUGAUGUCAUUCAUGGGCAGGGUUGCUGAUCAUCCCGAGCAGGUGUGUUGCUACAUCACUCACACCAAUGAGCGUACCCACGAGAUUAUUCGCAGCGGUCUGCAUCGAUCGCCCAUGUACAGCGGCCAGAUUGAAGGCAACGGACCACGCUACUGUCCAUCAAUUGAGGACAAGGUUGUACGUUUCGCUGAUCGCAGUGGCCAUCAGAUUUUUGUCGAGCCUGAGGGGCUUAAUACCCCGGAGCUGUAUCCCAACGGUAUUUCCACUUCACUACCGUUUGAUAUCCAGGAAACGCUGGUUCGCAGUAUCGUCGGGUUUGAAAAUGCGCAUAUCACCCGUCCAGGUUACGCCAUUGAGUAUGACUAUUUUGACCCGCGCGGCUUAAACGCCAGUUUGGAAACCCGUUAUAUUGAAGGGUUGUAUUUUGCUGGCCAGAUUAACGGGACGACUGGCUAUGAAGAAGCUGGCGCGCAGGGCCUGCUGGCCGGACUGAACGCGGCCCUGGCGGUGCGCGGCGAGAUGGCCUGGUGCCCCCGUCGAGACGAAGCCUACAUUGGUGUGUUGGUGGAUGAUUUGAUCACCAACGGCACCCUUGAGCCGUAUCGGAUGUUUACCAGUCGUGCGGAGUAUCGCCUGCAGUUGCGGGAAGACAACGCUGAUCUCAGGCUAACGCCUGCGGGCCGUCGCUUCGGCUUGGUGGAUGAUGAACGUUGGCAGGUCUUUGAGGAAAAAUCCGAGGCCAUCGAGCAAGAACAGCAGCGUCUACGAGACAUUUGGGUGUCGCCACAUAACGCCCUGGGCUCUGCCGCUGAAGCGGCCUUAAAUGAGCCCAUCAGUAAAGAAGUGCGAGCACUUGAGUUACUGAAGCGCCCCGGUGUGACAUAUCGUCGACUGAUGGGCGUGGAAGGACUGGGUCCUGGCGCCUCAGAUCAAGCGGUGGCCGAGCAGGUGGAAAUUCAGGCCCGCUACGAGGGUUACCUUAAGCGGCAGGGUGAGGAGAUACAGCGCCUGCGUGCCAAUGAAGACAAAGCCAUUCCGGAUAAUCUGGAUUAUGCCGUUGUGCGCGGCCUAUCUGCGGAAGUGACCGAAAAACUCAGUCUCGCCAGGCCUCAGACCAUUGGCCGCGCUGGGCGCAUAUCCGGCGUGACGCCAGCGGCAAUUUCGCUGCUGCUAGUGCAUCUGAAAAAGACCUCUUCCCAGACUCGAAAAGCGAGCUAA